CAGUCACAGUCCGCCACCUGCAUGGCAUGCUGAAUGUAGCAAAACUGGAAAAGUGACUUGUGACAAUCAGCCUGUUCUGAGAUGUUUCUUGCUUGGCAGGUAUGAAAAACAUCAAAAUGCAUUCAGUUCACUUUUCACCUCCUUCACAGUUCGACAAACCGCAGUUGAUUAACUCGGUCAACAAUGUUGAAGUGCUGCAAGUUGUCUCCGGAGGAACGCAUGAGCAGAGAAAUAGAAAAAGAGCUUAAAAGGGACAAAAAAGGACUGAAAAAGGAGGUGAAGCUGCUGCUUUUAGGCACUGGUGAAAGCGGGAAGAGCACCUUUGUCAAACAGAUGAGGAUCAUCCAUGGCAGUGGAUACGAUGAAUCUGAAAGGAAAGGUUUUACCAAGCUGGUGUGUCAGAAUAUCAUCACAGCCAUCCAGGCUCUAAUUGACGCCAUGGGGACUCUGAAUAUAGACUUUGCUGAUGACGAAAAUAUCAGCUAUGCAGACAAACUGAGCCCAGUGGAAUCAACCGAGGUGUAUAGGUUAGAUUCCUGGCAGGUGGAUGCAAUUAAGCGAGUAUGGAGCGACCUCGGGGUGCAAGAGUGUUAUGACCGGAGGAGGGAGUUCCAGCUGUCAGACUCUGCUAAAUAUUAUCUGAGUGACAUAGACAGAAUCACGGCCCCAGAUUAUGUUCCCACUCUGCAGGACAUCUUGAGGGUCAAGGUUCACACCUCGGGCAUUAUAGAAUACCCGUUUCCCAUGAAACCAGUCAUAUUCAGGAUGGUGGAUGUGGGUGGCCAGCGUUCACAAAGGAAGAAAUGGAUCCACUGCUUUGAAAAUGUCACCUCCAUCAUAUUCCUGGCAGCCCUCAACGAAUACGAUCAAGUCCUGUACGAAAGUCAGGCAGAUAACCGACUGAGAGAGAGCCUCGCCCUGUUCAAGACUCUCAUUUCAUCCAAUUGGUUUAAGAAGUCCUCCACUAUCCUCUUUUUGAACAAAACAGACCUGCUGCAGGAGAAAAUCAAAACAUCACAUUUGGCAACUUACUUCCCAAAGUACAAAGGGCCUCAAUAUGAUGCUGAAUCGGCAAAACACUUUAUCCAUCAGAUGUACAUCAAGCUUCACAAAGUGCAGGAUAAACCCCUCUACACGCACUUCACCUGUGCCACAGACACUGAAAACAUCCGGUUUGUCUUCAAAUCAGUGGAAGACACGAUCUUAGAAGAACAUUUAAAUCAUUUGGGAGUUUUAUAAACCAGGACCGCUCUGCGACAGACUGGCGACCUGUCCAGGUUGUACCCAGCCUCUCGCCCGGAACGUUAGCUGGAGAUAGGCACCAGCACCCAUCCUGACCCCUCUAAGGACAAGGGUGUUAGGAAAUGGAUGGAUGGAUAAACCAGAACCAAGUUAUAAUGCUUCACAGAGAACAUCCAUGCUGUCUUCAAACCAGUCAAAACCAAUUUUCCAUGAACUGCUGCCUUUUUUAAGCCCCAGAAUGAAAGAGGUUGUUGGUUAUUUGGAUCAUAACAUCCUGGGGAUGAUUACAUAUUCCAGAAAUUUCAAUGAAUAUUUUAUUGAGGAAGAAUGCCACAUGUCCUGGCUUACAGCUUUGAGAGGCGGAAAUUAAAAAUAGCUCUGCAAGCAUUAGAUUAUACUAAUGCUAAUGUUAAUGUGUUGAGUAAAGUAAAUAGUUUCGCUCCCAUUAUCUUCAUUACGUGUUUUAAAUUGUGUUAAAGUGUAUCUGCAUGUUGACACUUUAGAUUGUACAUUUCAAAAAAUGCUAUUUAUGUUUUGACAUGAUUCUUGUAAAAGACUGUUCAGAAGCUGUUCUAGCUGCUACAUUUGGAAGAAAUAUAGAUUUUGUCUUUUGUUUACCUGUUAUUUUUUUUCUGUCCAUUAAAGUGUAAAUAUGAAAGCAGAUACUCACAAUGACAAGACUGCCUGCAGUUUAUCAUAGCUUUGUUUUUCUUUAUAUCUUCGCCAGAUUUAGAUUUAAAUUAUUAGUUUGUGUCUGAUAUGAAAUGAGAUUGUUUAAUAAAACAUAUAAAAUGUUUUUUAUGUACAAUCUAAUAAAAAAGGGAAUGUCUGUUAGUACAAUAAAAAGUAUAUUCCCUUCUCAGUCAUUAA